UACCCGCAGAGUGUGCCGAGCUGGAGAACGCGGAGUCAGUGGCGCUCGCCCAGGUCGCCAGCUUCGCUUCCCUACGUCCGCUCGGUUCUGAAGCUGAGAGAGAUGGUCAGGUCCGGAUCUCGACCGGGCCAGGUGAUAUCUUCAAGAAGGUACCCGGGAUCUAAGUUAACACAUGGAAAGAAAGGGACCCACCCAAGAAAAAUAGCACAUUCUAAUGCAGAUUCUGCCGGUCCUGUUUAUUCUGAUUCGGAAAGUCAGACGGAGACUGUGCAGGGACUUGAUGGCUGUGCCUCUUUGCUACGGGACAUUUUGAAGAAUGAAGAUCCAGGUGCAGAAAUAGUAUAUUCGGAAAAUAGAUGCAAUGCCAGACCUUUAGAAGGCAAAAACUUAAGAGCUAAAAAGAAAGGACCUGUAAAGCAUACUUCUUCAGUGGUCCGAAAAGAAAUAUUAUCUUCAGAAAACAAGAAAUGGCUAUCUACUGAAGCUUCUACUGGAAGUGAAAGAGACCCAUCAGAUACGGCACAGCAUUGGUCAUUACAAGACCAUUAUAGAAUGUACUCACCGAUAAUAUACCAAGCCCUCUGUGAGCAUGUGCAGACUCAAAUGUCACUGAUGAAUACCUUGGCUUCAAAAAAUGGCCCCAAUGGAAUGUCUACUGCAUGUCAUACAGUGUCUGGUUCAGAAUCUCAGGCAACACCACUUUCUGGUUACGGCUGUUGUACUUCCGCGUCAGCCUGGUCACCUCAGCAGCCGUCCUGCCCUCUAAUGGUUCACUCUGAAGUUCAGACUGAUGGUGAUAACCAUCUUGGAUCACAAGAUCAAACAGCCUCUGCGAACUGCCCUGAUGUUCCUAGGAAUUCACUUAGUGUUCAUCUUGGAACUCCGUGUGGCCUUCCCCACACUGACAGAGCAGCUGCUCCAGCGCCUCAGCAGCUGAAUCUCGCUAAUUGGAUUCUGCCACAACAAAGAGCGCCUAAGGAAGCAGACCUACUAAAGUGUUUCCAAACACAUAUGUCUCUGUUUCCAGCUCAUGGAAGAGACGCUGUCUCGGACAGUCAGGCACACCAAAGCCCCACUCAGUUACAGCCAGCUUUCUUGGCCACUAAUGAAGAAAAAUGCGCCAGAGAACAAAUUGGAGAGGCCACAAACGAAGGAAAGUAUUUAGGCAUACAUGUGCAAGAUGCAAAAAUAGCCAAGAAUGUGCAGCAGGCAGAAAAUGUGAGCCACACUGCUGAAAAAGUCAGAAUUGCCAAGUGCUUGCUGGGAGAGCUCAAGGCCCUGGUCGCAGAGCAAGAGGACUCGGAAGUUCAGCGAUUGGUAACAGAAGUAGAGGCAUGCAUAUCAGGACUCUCAGCAGUGAGUGGUCACACAAAUAUAGAGGUUGAAAUAGCUCUGGCCCUGCAGCCACUGAGAAGUGAGAACGCUCAGUUGCGAAGACAACUAAGAAUUUUGAAUCAGCGCCUCAGAGAAGAAGAGAAAACUCCAAAGGCACCUGGUAACCUUGAAUGUAGGUAA